AUGAACUGGAAGAGAGCAGCAAAGGCCAGCAGCAAAGAAAUGGAACAAACUGAAAGCCAGAGGGAACCAGUUGAGCAACAGCAAAGGGCCAAAAAGAAAACCGCUGGGGGACAAAUGAACCAAAAGCCACAGCACCACCAGCUGAAAACCAGAAGGGAAGAAAUCCCAAGGGCAGCAGCAAAGAGGGGCAGGAGAAGGGACCCAACAGUCAUCCAGCUAAUAGAUAGCAGCAACCUCAAGCAAAAAGGCAGAAAAGAUGCCCCAAAGGAGAGCGGCCCAAAGCAGAAACAACCAGCUGAAACAGACACUAGCAGAAAGCAACAGCAGGGAACAGAAAAACCAGAGCCUCAACAAGAGAACAGCAAAGCAGUAACAAAGGGAGCCAAAGAUGGCUUUAAUCCUUCAAGACAAGGAUCCAAAGGAAAAAACCAACAGGUAGCUGGAGGCCAGCUGGAGAGCAUUAAAACUAGCAGGAAGAUCAGCCGGAACCAGCUGAACAACACCAAUGGGCAAGAAAGAGAACCAACCCAAAAUGUCAACCAAUCCCUUGCCUCUGGGCACACACCACCAUCCUCUUCAACCUUACAUUAG